UUUUUUUUUAUUUUUUCGCAUCUAUUUUCACUGACUUAUUUUAAUCAUUAAUUUGUGAAAAACGCUAAAAGCCGGGUUUUAGUAGGUACUCCAAAACAAACAUGGCACUGACAUAAUACGUUUGUAAACAAUAUCGCUCUUGAACUUCUUUUUGCAUGUGUGCUUUGGUAUUUUGCUUACCUUGCAUGAAUUUUCUGUACCUACUAAAAAAUUGUACAUAGCGAAAAAGCUUCUCAUAAUAUAAUUAUUAUCUCUAAAUUUAUUACUAAAUUCCUACAAAUCUAGGUUAGAAUUAAGUAGGUGAUGGUAGAGAAAAAAAAGUAAUUCUGUAUUUGUACCUAACUAUUAGUGGCAAUGCAACAAGUUUACAACUAUGGCUUGGCAUCUGGACAAAAUCUUGGAUCUACUAUGGGUUGUGGACAGCCUGAUCUUCGGCAGUGGAAUAUGCGCCAACAGCAAAAAAUGUUAUCUAACAUUGAUAUGUUUAAUUUGGAAAACGAUCUUCCGGAGGAGCUUAUUUCCUCAGGUAGUUCAUGGGGGAUGGUAUCAGAUCCCAUGGGGAAUAAUAAACCUCCGGCCCAGGGUCCAGGCCCUGGGGCAUUGCAAAAUGGCAUGGAAAAUGCAGAAGGAACAAAUGCAUUACGACAACAAAUACAACUUAAUCAUCACUUAAUGCAGCAGCAGGGCAAUAAAACAUUGGUCGGAAACGCUUUAGGUCUUGCGGGUAAUCAAUUAGGUAAUAAAAGUCCAAAUUUACAAUCGCCUCCUAAUGUAUCUGUAGCAAAAGGGAAUGUAGUCGAUCCGAUGUCUCUAGGAAGUCUCCCAUCCAGCAUUGCUAGUAGUGUAGGCUUGCAAUCCAUUGCAAAUAAUGGAAGUUCUCCUCAGGUUAUGAGUUCAAUUCAAGGCAUGAAUAACAGCGUAGCAAACGUGAGUGCAGGCGGAAAUAUGAUAAUGACCAAUAGUAAUAUGGGCGGUAAUUUGGGCACGAUGGCGGGAGGAGGUUUGGUUGUGUCCAGUGGUAUGAAUAAACAGGGUUUGUCUAAUGCUACCAAUAUGAUGGCUCCAGGGCACCAUCCUGUCAAUCACGGGGUACCUCAGCCUAUCCAGAACGGUCCCAUGAUGAAUGCAAGAAAUGUGGCAUCUAUUCAACAACAAAUGAACCAACGAACGCCAGGCCCUCAUGGAAUACAUACAAUGGGACCACGCAUGCAACCUCCAGGAAUGAUGCAGCUUGGUGGACCAGUAGGUCAAGUAAUGCCUGCCAAUACUCCAUACCCGUAUUCGAACGCGACAGGACCUCAAAAUGUCCACGUAGGUGGUGGCGUGGUGGCUCCUCAAAGACCUGGUUCGAUUGCAAUUCAACAGAACCGUUUUGGCGGACCCGCAGGGCCUGUUGGUCCUACAGCGGGUGGUGAAGGUGGGAUGGCUCAAACUCAACCACCAGCUGCAUCACCAGCUCAACCCCAAUCUGGAGCCCCGGCAGGGUCGCAACCCGGACCUCAGACCGCAACUCAAAAUCAGGCCACUGGCGGAACGGCACCAGCAGCAUCAACAGAUCCAGAAAAAAGAAAAUUAAUCCAACAGCAACUUGUGUUGCUUUUACACGCGCACAAGUGUCAACGACGCGAAGCACAGGCCAACGGUGAAGUGUGGUUGUGCACGUUACCUCAUUGUAAGGUGAUGAAGAACGUUUUAAAUCACAUGACCACAUGUCAAGCAGGUAAGAGCUGCUCCGUACCUCACUGCAGUUCCUCGCGACAAAUAAUCAGCCACUGGAAAAAUUGUGUGCGGAACGAUUGUCCCGUUUGCCUGCCCCUCAAACAAGCAGACAAGAACAGAAACAAUCCCAAUGCUACUUCAAAUCAACCUCAAACGACGCAAUCGCCAAAUCCGUCAGCGUCGGACUUGCGUCGGGCCUACGAUGCGCUCGGUAUUCAAUGCCCGACGACGGGAACGACGGGUCCAACUCCUGCAGGCCUCAUACCGAAUGUGGUACAGCCUCGUCCUGGUAUCCGAUUACCUCUGGCAAGCGGAGGUGGCCCCGCGACGUCCAAUCAGAUCUUACAACAUUCACAACAGCAGCAGCAACAGGCGGCCAACAUGGGUGGAAUUAGAGUAUUAGCACCUACGCAAAAUCAACAACCAGCUCCAAACGUCAGUUUACCACUUGGAAGUGAUUCGAAUCCAGCAGCAACCCAGAGUGCUGCCGUCGCCCAGGUGGCGGCCAACAUUACACAAAACGUGGCUGGAGUGCAGCUCUUUGGCACCGGAGAUACUCAAUCACAAGCAGUUGUGGGUGUUGAUGGACGUAUGCAAGUUUCGACAGGUCUUCAGCCCGGUCAGGUGACGGCUACACCAAUACAAGGAACCAAAGAGUGGCACCAAUCAGUCACGCCCGAUCUCCGUAACCAUUUAGUGCAUAAGCUCGUACAAGCAAUAUUUCCAACCCCUGAUCUCCAAGCGAUGCAAGAUAAACGAAUGCACAAUCUAGUGGCGUAUGCACGCAAAGUAGAGGGCGAUAUGUAUGAAAUGGCAAAUUCGCGCUCUGAAUACUACCAUUUGCUCGCAGAGAAAAUCUACAAGAUACAAAAGGAACUGGAAGAAAAGAGACAGAAACGUAAAGAGCAACAAUUACAACAACAACAGCAGUUACAGCAGCAACAGUUGAGGCCGGGACUUCAAGGCACUGUUCCUGGAGCUGGCUCGAGACCUGGGGCUCCUGGAAGUACUUUGUCUCAGCAGGCUGGUUUACGGAGCAAUUCUCCAGCUCUCAGCAAUUCUAUUGGCUUAGGCAACGUUCUUAAUCAACAAAAUCGUAUGUUGUUCGCUGGACAGAGUGCAACAUCGGCAGGUGUUGGGAACGCUCAACAGCAAUCGGUGGCUGUUGGUCUUCCAGGUCCGAGUCCUACGGGCUCGAAUAUACCAUCACAGCCCAGUUUAUCGCCAUUCGGUCAACCGAUGUCGCAACAACAACCGCCAUCAGGCAGUAUGUCUGCACCGACGAGUAAUGGUCCUAGUUUGCCUGCCACUUCGCCUACGCUCACUCAACAACAACAGUUCAACGAAGUACUGAAGAACAGGCUUGCUCCAUCGCCGUCCGCUUUCGGUUUGCAUCAAUCUGGGACGGCGGUAGGGGUCGGUGGAAUGGCUAGUAAUCAGUCCCAACAACAGCAACAACAAAUGAACGCUAAUGGAGGAGCGACGCCAAGAAUGACCAGUUCUACUCCUGACAUUACCACCUCAUCCAUGGUGCAUACGACCACCGCUUUGGGACCGACGUCGGUCAGCUCGUCAAGGGGCGCUUCGCCUGCGCCACCCACCCCUAUUGUCUCUUCACCAUCUAAUGUUACGGCUAGCAGUUUAGUAUUAUUUUCAGGAAAGGGAAUGACGGCGGCAGAACGUCAAGCGUUGCAUGCGCCCCGUCCUACGUCAAUGUCGUCGCAGAUGGCAGCGAUAACAGCCGCGCAAAAGGACGACGAUUCGCCGCCUCCGUCCUCGAAUGGCGGUAUCAAGGGUAAAUUGGAUAACAUCAAACAGGAAGACACAUCGUCAAUGGAUAUAAAAGAGGAAGAUAGUAACACGAUGGACGGCCGCGAGGGCGGCGGCAAGGGUAUAAAGUCUGAAAUAAAACAAGAUAUUAAGACGGAAACUAUGGAGGGUAUGGACAUGAUGGAAGAACACGGAGUUAAAGAUGAACCACCUAGUACGCCUGACAGUUCCGCUGACAUCAAACCGUCCCCAAUAUCUCGAGACAUCGUUCCUAUUCAGGGACAAGAUAGUUUAAAACGUAAAUGCAUAUUUAAGCCUGACGAACUAAGGCAAAAACUGAUGCCCACAUUGGAGAAACUAUACCGUCAAGAUCCUGAGAGUAUUCCGUUUAGACAGCCCGUUGAUCCACAAAGUCUGGGAAUACCUGAUUAUUUUGAUAUUGUGAAAAAACCGAUGGAUCUCUCAACGAUAAAAAGGAAACUGGACAUUGGUCAAUACCAAGAUCCUUGGGAAUACGUUGAUGAUGUGUGGUUGAUGUUUGAUAACGCGUGGCUGUACAACAGGAAGGCGAGCAGAGUCUACCGGCAUUGCACUAAACUAGCGGAAGUAUUCGAACAAGAAAUAGACCCAGUGAUGCAGUCAAUGGGUUACUGUUGUGGUAGAAAAUACACAUUUAAUCCCCAGGUCCUAUGCUGUUAUGGAAAGCAAUUGUGCACGAUUCCUCGAGAUGCCAAAUACUAUAGUUAUCAGAACAGUCUUAAAGCAUUUGGACUUGACUCCAACAGAUAUACCUUCUGCCAAAAGUGUUUCAACGAUAUCCAAGCCGACACCGUAACCCUAGGAGACGAUCCUACGCAAGCGCAAACCGUGAUAAAGAAAGACCAGUUCAAAGAAAUGAAGAACGACCACCUAGAGAUGGAGCAAUUCGUUUACUGCAAUGAGUGCGGUCGUAAAUUACACCAGAUCUGCGUACUCCACUUAGAUUGUAUCUGGACAUCAGGCUUCACAUGUGACGAGUGCCAUAAAAAGAAAGGCACGAAACGGAAAGACAACAAGUUCAGUGCGAAACGAUUACCCACGACGAAAUUAGGCGUGUAUAUCGAGACGCGUGUGAAUAACUUUUUGAAAAAAAAAGAGGCCGGUGCCGGAGAGGUUCAUAUUCGGGUGGUUUCAAGUUCAGAAAAAGUUGUAGAAGUUAAACCGGGCAUGCGCGCUAAAUUUGUGGAAAGUGGCGAACUGUCUCCGGAAUUCCCGUAUCGAGCCAAAGCAUUGUUUGCGUUUGAGGAGAUAGAUGGUGUGGAUGUGUGCUUUUUUGGUAUGCACGUCCAAGAGUACGGUAGUGAUUGUCCACCCCCGAACACCAGGCGCGUUUACAUAGCUUAUCUCGAUUCGGUGCAUUUUUUUAAACCGCGCCAAUUCAGGACCGCAGUCUAUCACGAAAUCUUGCUCGGUUAUAUGGACUACGUGAAACAGCUUGGAUAUACGAUGGCUCAUAUAUGGGCGUGUCCGCCCAGCGAAGGUGAUGAUUAUAUCUUCCACUGCCAUCCCGUUGAACAGAAAAUACCAAAACCCAAACGUCUUCAAGACUGGUACAAGAAAAUGCUCGACAAGGGAAUCAUCGAAAGAAUUGUUCUUGACUACAAGGACAUCCUCAAACAAGCAAUGGAAGAUCAUCUUAGGUCAGCAGCCGAUCUUCCGUAUUUUGAAGGCGACUUUUGGCCCAACGUGUUGGAGGAAAGCAUAAAAGAACUUGAUCAGGAAGAAGAAGAAAAAAGAAAGGCUGAGGCUGCAGAAGCAGCUGCAGCGGCUGCAAAUGCUAUGUUUUCAAUAUCCGAUGACAGCGAGUCCGGAGUGGAUGGUAAGAAGAAGGGCCAAAAGAAAGCGAAGAAAAGCAAUAAAUCUAAAUCGAAUCAGCGGAAGAAUAGUAAAAAGUCUAACACUCCACAGACAGGAAAUGAUCUAUCUGCAAAGAUAUUUGCAACGAUGGACAAACAUAAAGAGGUCUUCUUUGUAAUAAGAUUACAUAGUGUACAGAGGGCAGCUAGUUUAGGGCCGAUUCAAGACCCCGACCCUUUUAUAAACUGUGAUCUCAUGGACGGCAGGGAUGCGUUUUUAACAAUGGCGCGCGAAAAACACUACGAAUUCUCUUCACUUCGUCGUGCAAAAUACAGCACGAUGGCAAUGUUGUAUGAGCUGCAUAAUCAGGGUCAAGACAAAUUCGUCUACACAUGCAACCAUUGCAAGUCUCACGUCGAAACCCGUUACCAUUGCACCGUGUGCGACGAUUUCGAUUUGUGCACUCUGUGCUACGAGAAAGAAGGGCAUCCGCACAAAAUGGAAAAAUUGGGACUCGAUCUUGAUGACGGCUCCUCGCCAAGCGAAAAACAGGCUAAUCCUCAAGAGGCACGCACUCUCUCAAUUCAAAGAUGUAUUCAGAACCUGGUGCAUGCAUGUCAAUGUCGCGACGCGAAUUGCCGUCUCACUAGCUGUCAGAAGAUGCGACGAGUUGUCACGCAUACCAAAGUCUGCAAGCGAAAAACGAACGGUGGUUGUCCCGUAUGCAAACAGUUAAUAGCGUUGUGCUGUUACCACGCCAAACACUGCCAAGAAACUAAGUGCCCUGUACCGUUCUGUUCAAACAUCAAACACAAGCUAAAGCAACAACAGUUGCAGCAACGGCUACAGCAAGCGCAACUGCUGCGCCGACGUAUGGCUGUAAUGAAUACGCGGACAAUGGUGCCGCAGAGUCCUGUUCCCGGUGCGACGAUGCCGUCGUUGGCGUCUGGAGCACAGACUGUGUUACCGGGCGCGGUAAGUCCCGCGGGAACAAUGGGUGGUGCGGGUGCAAUCACGACUGUCGGCAUGGGAAUGCAGUCGCCACAUCAGGCGGGCAUCGGUAUCAAGCCCGGUACGCAAACCCCUCCUGCGAACGUUCUCCAAGUCGUCAAGCAAGUACAGGAGGAGGCGGCAAGACAACAGCAACCCCACGUGGGCUACGGAAAACUUACACCCGGGGCUGGUGUUCCCGGCCAGAGUAUGCCACCUCCGCAAGUUCAGAGGACCAUGGGACAUCUUGGAGCUGGGCAAGGGGGUAACUUACUACCUAUGGAACAGUGGCAGCAACGAUAUCCUGGUGGUGCCGGUCAAGGCUUGCGUCAGGCGGCGCCGCAAUUGAUGCCGACACAGAACCAACUCAGCGGCACUCCUAUGCAGGGCGCCUCGCCAACGGUCAGGCCGGGAGCGGGUGGUCUUAAUACAUCCGGCGGCAAUAUGAUGCAUAAACAGGCCUUGCAUCAACUAAUGCAGACGCUACGAUCUCCGCACUCUGCUGAGCAACAGCAACAAAUAUUAGCUAUAUUAAAAACAAACCCACCGUUGAUGGCUGCAUUUAUAAAGCAGAGACAGGCUCAGGCGCAAGCGCAACAGGGUGGUGGAGCCGCAGGAGUAACGGGGGCAUCUCAACAACAGUUACAGCAUAUGUUGAGUCAGCAACCGACUCCACCACAGCACCAGAACAGAAUGCAAAUGCAGACAAUGCUGGGCCAAGGACCUGGACAAGGACCUGCUCCUGGACCUCAAGCUCAACAAAUGAACCAGCAACAACAGCAGUGGUACAAACACCAACAGUUGUUAGCAAUGCAACAGCGACAACAGCAACAACAGCAGCAACAGCAACAACAACAGCAACAGUUUCAACAGCCGCCCGCCUACCAACAAAGACUGCCCGCGAUCCGACAGCCGCAUAUGUCGUCAUAUAAUAAUUCGUUCGCUGACCAACAAUACCCCCCAAUUCAGGGUCUCAAACCAACGCCACCACCAGUGCCAUCGCCACAGGGUGUAAUGGGUCCGCCGCCGGGUGGUAUUUCGGUUCAACAACAGCAACAGCUAAUGCAAAGUGUGCGGAGUCCGCCUCCUAUACGCAGUCCGCAACCAAACCCAUCUCCGCGUCCUAUACCGAGUCCGCGUAAUCAGCCGGUGCCGAGUCCGCGUGGUCCUCAACCGUCCCCUCAUGAUUUGGCCGCUUCCGAGAUGUUGUUAGGUCAAAAUCAUACGAACAGUUUGCACACGCACACGUCGCCUAAUGGCCAAGGUCAGGACGGCAACGACGUGCCUCCAAUGACCCCUCAAGAUCAACUCAGUAAAUUUGUGGAGCAGCUUUAGUGGCGAUGAACGACGAUAGAAUGGUUUUAUAUUAUCAGAGAGAAAAAUCUUAUAAUGAAUCAAGGCUGAUGAUUGACUGACCUGACUGUUUUGUCAUAAAAAUAAUAGUAUCUAUUGUUUCGUCGUCAAUUUGUUGUUAUUUGUUGUUGUUAUUCAAAGCGACGAGAAUCGAAUGAAAGCAACGGGUAAGCGCUUUGAGAAAAGAAAAGUAGUAGAUAUUUCUUUGAUGAUAAACAGGAAGGGGAGAGAUAGAUAACGAAAAGAAGAAAGACAACAUUUAAGACAACCUGGUGCUGUGUGACUGUACAAAAAAAAUUUAAACAGUGGUCUAAAUAAAUAUUGAUUUAUUUAACUGAAGUAUACUUAUUCUAAUAAGAGAUUUCGACUGGUCUCCGUGCCGCCUUUGUAUUUAUAUUGUAAAAAGUGUAAUUAAUUUAAGAUUGACUGGACGAUAUUGUGUAGUUAGUAUCGUUGAUAAAUUGCAUAAGAGUUGUACAUAUGUUUAAUAUUAUGUAACAUAGAUAUCAUUACAUAUACACCACAAUACAUGAUGAGACACACACACACACACACGUAUACACGUUAUGAUGAGUAAUUACUAAAAUAAUAAUAAUAAUGAUCAUAAUAUAGUGAAAUGUUUUACCUUUUUAAACAAAACAAAAAAAAGUGUGAAACGAAUGUGAACUACGUUGCGAUACCUAAAAGUAUUUGGCUUCGCGAGGCUGUGUUAUUUAUCGAACAAGAAUAUUAAGAAAAAAUACUACAUACUAAAGUGGCGGAUUGUUACCCCUCCCCCCGCGAAGGAGGGGGUGAUGUACACACUGUGCAUAGCUCCGCACCCACACUACUAUAAAGAAACUACUACGUUGCUUAUAUUAUUUUUUUGUUUUUAUUUUCAUUUUUACUUUUUUCCUUUUUUUUUUAUAAGCUGAAAGUUA